AUGAGCAAGAAAUUCAUGCCAAAGACGCCCGUGGACUUGGCUCCACCACGGGAUGAUCCCAUAACAAUGGCUGAACUUGCGAAGUGUGACGGUGAGCAAACGGAGAAGAUGUACAUAGCCAUCAAAGGCACCGUGUUCGAUGUCUCGCAUAACCAUGCUGCCUAUGGUGUUGGUAAGGGUUACCAUGUUUUUGUUGGCAAAGACGCGUCACGAGCUCUUGGGAAGAGCUCUUUGAAGCCCGAGGAUACAUCACCCGAUAUAAGCUGGGACUAUUCCACUUUGACGGAGAAACAAUUGAAGGUCCUGGAUGACUGGUUCACAUUUUUCAGCAACAGGUAUAAUAUUGUGGGCCGUGUGAGCGAUCUGCCGGUAAAGAAGGAGAUUUAG